UCCCCAAGGAAGGUAUCACUGCUGCAGAGAACGGCUGCUAGACCAUCACCCAAGCCCUGAUUCAUGUCCAUACAUAUAUGUUUAUUGGCCUGCCCUUAUUAUUAUUAUUUUUACUAAUGUAGUUCAACUGAGAAAUCAUACACAAAAUUGGAUCAUCACUGGUUAUCAACACUGAUUUAUGAUGAAUUAAGCAGCAUUGUCACAUAAAGAUUGAUUGCUUUUCCAGCCAAAGGGGGAAGCUAUUCUGGUAGAAGACAGCAUUUGUGAACGGCAAGCAUCUGUAGAUGUCAGGCAUUCUGUUGAUCGAGACUGUGAUGUUAUAAUACAGAUUCAUGUGCAGGAUAUGGAAGAUCUCUCGAGCUUUGGGAACGUGGCACUUGAUCAAGGGAGUAGCCAUGUAGCUGAAGCUUCCCAUGAAGGAGAAUCUGGAGAUAUUGGUGUAAAUGUGUAAUGAAUGAAGAUAUGGUUUGUUUUAAUAGUGCCAGUAAAGAUGACCUACCCAUUUUGAAGGGACCCCCAGAAGAAAAAUGGAUAUCAAUUCCUGAAAGGUGCUCCAAUGAUACAUCUACAUGUGCUGGUAAUCCUGUAUAUAGGGAUUCAGACAAUUGUGGGAGUCUUCAGGUUUCUGAUACACACGAACGCGACCAUGAAGAGUUGGCAGACAGUGAUUCAGAUGGAACUGCUGAAGAUAGAUCUUCUGAUGACUUGAAGAAAUAUAUUGGUAGUGUCACAUCCAAUACUGCAUCAACUGUAAGGGAAUCAGAAUCAUCCCAUGGGCUUGAGACUCGUGGCACUAGUUUCUCUCCUUCUCCCAGUCAUGACAUAAAAUCCAGAUGUGGUGCUUAUCCUGAGCCAGAUAAAAUUUAUGACCAUUUUAAAAGGGUAUCACCAAACUCAGAGUCUGAGGCUGUCACAUUUGAUUGUAAUUCCUCAAAGGACUUCAGAAGCCAUAGCAUCAAGAUGAAGUCUGGUGCUUAUGAAUAUUUUUCAAGAGGCAGAAAUCCCAUCCACAGAAAGCUCAAAUUUCCUGAGAGGAAAUCAACUAGGAUAUCUAAAUUCAAGUCUCACCUCGAGUAUGAGGAUGCUUUCUAUUUGUCUAAUCCAAAGAAGUUGCAUGACGUAUGUCAUUCAACAUCUGCAUGUGGCAAUCAGAGAAAUAGGCAUCAUAGUUUUGAUUUUUCUGAAAGGCAAGAUUUCUCAUGUUAUGAGGGCUUAGAAUAUCUUAUCAGCUAUAGAGGAAAAAGAUUAUAUGAUUAUCAGUCCAGUGGUGCUUAUUCUCAAAAUUCUCAUCGAAGAGGUUGCCAAGUUUCUAGAUAUGAGAGAGAGCAGUGUUACAACUUACAAUCAGACUGUAAGUGGAAAACGCCAUUUUACUGAACAAAGAAUACCGAGGUUUAGCGGUGACACAAGGGAGAAGGAUUUGGAUCACUAUGAUGGGGAAGACUCUGUUUCUGGACUGGAAUCCCUUGAUUUCCAUGGGCCAGGAGAGCCCAUUUAUGAAAAAUCACAAUUUUUAGACUGUGGAAACCAUGCUCGGUGGAAAUGGAAAUCAGAAGCGCUGAAUUUUAGAAGGAAAUUGAAAAUUGUAACUUUAUUUCUGAACGUAAAUAUAGCAAUAACAUGACUCGAGAAAAUUUUAGAUCUAUUCAGUGUAGGGAAGGAGAUAUUGUGCAACAUAAAUAUGAUAGACAGUUGCAAUAUGGCAGAGGAAAAGUUAGAGGCCCUUUAAGAGGCAAAAGGAGAUUUGACAGUCCCCUUAGUGGCUGUG